CACCUUUCAGUCAAUCUUGGUAGAAGUGUCUUCUGGGACAUGAAGAACCGUCUUCCUCGGAGCAUCACAACUUUGGAGUGGGAGAAUGGCUUUGUUUCUGUCUAUAGCAAGGAUAAUCCUAACCUGCUCUUUAGCAUGUGUGGAUUUGAAGUCCGCAUACUUCCAAAAAUCAGGAUGACCCAAGAAGCUUUCAGCAACACAAAAGAUGGUGUCUGGAAUCUGCAAAAUGAACAGACCAAGGAGAGGACUGCAGUAGCUUUUCUGCGGGUUGACGAUGAACAUAUGAAGGUGUUUGAGAAUCGUGUGAGGCAGAUCCUUAUGUCAUCAGGGUCAACCACCUUUACCAAGAUCGUCAACAAAUGGAAUACAGCUCUAAUUGGUCUCAUGACUUACUUCCGUGAAGCCACUGUACACACGCAAGAGCUCUUGGAUCUACUGGUCAAGUGUGAGAAUAAAAUCCAAACAAGAAUUAAGAUCGGGUUGAACUCAAAGAUGCCUAGUCGAUUUCCUCCUGUUAUCUUCUACACUCCAAAGGAAAUUGGUGGCCUGGGAAUGUUGUCAAUGGGUCAUAUUUUGAUCCCACAAAGUGACCUUCGGUACAGCAAGCAGACAGAUGUUGGUGUAACCCACUUUAGGAGUGGAAUGAGCCACGAGGAAGAUCAGCUUAUACCAAAUCUUUACCGUUAUAUACAGCCAUGGGAAAGUGAGUUUAUUGAUUCACAGCGGGUAUGGGCAGAAUAUGCUUUAAAAAGGCAGGAAGCGCAGGCCCAGAAUAGGCGUCUUACACUGGAAGAUCUGGAAGAUUCUUGGGAUAGGGGAAUUCCUCGUAUAAAUACACUGUUUCAGAAGGAUAGGCACACAUUGGCAUAUGAUAAAGGUUGGAGAGUUCGGACCGACUUUAAGCAGUACCAAGUCCUAAAACAAAAUCCUUUCUGGUGGACACACCAGAGGCAUGAUGGAAAGUUGUGGAACUUGAACAAUUACCGGACUGAUGUCAUUCAAGCACUUGGAGGUGUUGAGGGUAUUCUUGAGCACACGUUAUUCAAGGGGACAUACUUCCCGACAUGGGAGGGUCUUUUCUGGGAGAAGGCAUCUGGUUUUGAGGAGUCGAUGAAAUAUAAGAAGUUGACUAAUGCGCAGAGGUCUGGUCUAAACCAGAUUCCAAAUAGAAGAUUCACGCUUUGGUGGUCGCCAACAAUUAAUCGAGCGAAUGUCUAUGUGGGUUUCCAAGUGCAGUUGGAUCUGACAGGAAUAUUUAUGCAUGGAAAGAUUCCUACACUUAAGAUAUCUUUGAUUCAGAUUUUCCGUGCCCAUUUGUGGCAGAAAAUCCAUGAGAGUGUUGUUAUGGAUCUUUGCCAAGUAUUGGACCAAGAGUUGGACGCUUUGGAGAUAGAAACGGUACAGAAGGAGACAAUUCAUCCAAGAAAGAGUUAUAAGAUGAACAGCUCUUGUGCUGAUGUUCUUCUAUUUGCUGCUCAUAAAUGGCCUAUGUCUAAGCCUAGCCUGGUUGCGGAGUCAAAGGAUAUGUUCGACCAGAAAGCUAGUAACAAGUAUUGGAUAGAUGUGCAACUUCGAUGGGGAGACUAUGACUCCCAUGAUAUUGAGCGUUAUACGAGGGCAAAAUUCAUGGACUAUACAACUGACAACAUGUCUAUCUAUCCAUCUCCAACAGGUGUAAUGAUUGGGCUUGAUCUGGCAUACAACUUGCAUUCUGCCUUUGGUAAUUGGUUCCCUGGUUCAAAACCUCUUCUUGCUCAAGCAAUGAACAAGAUCAUGAAGUCAAAUCCAGCUCUAUAUGUAUUGAGAGAGAGGAUCAGGAAGGGUUUACAGUUGUACUCGUCUGAGCCUACAGAGCCAUAUUUGUCAUCUCAAAACUAUGGUGAAAUAUUCAGCAAUCAAAUUAUAUGGUUUGUUGAUGAUACCAAUGUAUAUCGUGUCACGAUUCACAAGACAUUUGAAGGAAAUUUAACGACUAAGCCAAUCAAUGGCGCGAUUUUCAUUUUCAAUCCAAGAACUGGGCAGCUGUUCCUGAAGGUUAUCCAUACUAGCGUCUGGGCUGGUCAGAAGCGUCUUGGUCAGCUAGCAAAAUGGAAAACUGCUGAAGAGGUUGCUGCACUUGUGCGAUCACUCCCCGUUGAAGAACAGCCAAAACAGAUUAUUGUCACGCGAAAAGGAAUGUUGGAUCCCCUUGAGGUUCACUUGCUGGAUUUCCCCAACAUCGUUAUCAAGGGAAGUGAGCUGCAGCUUCCGUUCCAGGCUUGCCUAAAGAUAGAGAAAUUUGGUGACCUGAUUUUGAAGGCGACAGAACCAUUCACGCUUUGGUGGUCGCCAACAAUUAAUCGAGCGAAUGUCUAUGUGGGUUUCCAAGUGCAGUUGGAUCUGACAGGAAUAUUUAUGCAUGGAAAGAUUCCUACACUUAAGAUAUCUUUGAUUCAGAUUUUCCGUGCCCAUUUGUGGCAGAAAAUCCAUGAGAGUGUUGUUAUGGAUCUUUGCCAAGUAUUAGACCAAGAGUUGGACGCUUUGGAGAUAGAAACGGUACAGAAGGAGACAAUUCAUCCAAGAAAGAGUUAUAAGAUGAACAGCUCUUGUGCUGAUGUUCUUCUAUUUGCUGCUCAUAAAUGGCCUAUGUCUAAGCCUAGCCUGGUUGCGGAGUCAAAGGAUAUGUUCGACCAGAAAGCUAGUAACAAGUAUUGGAUAGAUGUGCAACUUCGAUGGGGAGACUAUGACUCCCAUGAUAUUGAGCGUUAUACGAGGGCAAAAUUCAUGGACUAUACAACUGACAACAUGUCUAUCUAUCCAUNCAAACUUCUUCAUUUAGUGGAGGUAGCACUUAGAGAUCUGAUCCUUUCUGACUACGCAAAGAAGAACAAUGUUAACACCUCAGCUCUGACACAAUCAGAGAUCAGAGAUAUUAUUCUUGGAGCUGAGAUUACUCCACCCUCUCAACAGAGGCAACAGAUUGCUGAGAUUGAGAAACAGGCAAAGGAAGCCAGCCAGCUUACUGCAGUCACAACAAGAACUACAAAUGUUCAUGGUGAUGAGCUCAUUGUCACCACCACGAGCCCUUACGAGCAAUCUGCAUUCGGUUCCAAAACAGAUUGGCGUAUGACAUAA